GUGGCUUCGAUUUAGCGUAUAUUUUGACUUGUUUAUAAUAGACAAAGUUGCCUUACUUUUCGUUCUCAUAUGCAUCAGACAUCUUCAUAUCUUCACCGCUGCUCUUACUCAUCCUGCUAUCUCUUCAUAGUGUACUACAUAGUGUAUGUCUACAAUGGCACUGUCACGCUCAACUCAGCCGCUUAAAGCUCUUUAUAUAAUAUACUUUACCUUAAAACUUCCAUUUAUAUUAAUCUCACUUAUAAUCUAUUAUACUAUCCCUUCAUUACGACCUAUACGACAAUGGAGCAUAAGAACAAGCGUAGCCACUUACAUUAUACGCAUAUUUUUCAACCUCGUCUCUGUAAUCGGUCUUUCAAGCCUCCGACCUCUAACUCCGGAGAAGGCUAAAGAACGGUUUGCCUACAUCGAGCCCGGUGGGGACGAGCUUUACUCCGGCGUCUUAUCUCCAGCAGCUAUCAAGCCGGUGCCCCUAAAAGGACUUUGGGAUGCGGGUCUAGGUAGUCCAGUAACCGUUGACAAAUCAAAAGUCCUCCUUCUUUUCCCUGGGGGUGCCUUUGUUUUUGCUUUUGAUCCUUAUGAGGGGUCCAAUAUUGUCUCGGAUCUAGUAAGACGUGUUCCAGGGGCUAGGGUAUUCCUCGCUCAGUAUCGACUUGCCACCUCCCCCGCCGGCCGAUUUCCAGCCGCAAUCCAAGACGCCCUUACCUUUUACAAUUACAUCCUAGACCUCGGCAUCGAUCCGAAAGACAUUAUUUUCCUAGGCGACUCGGCUGGAGGCAACGUUGCCGUGGGAUUAUUAAGAUACCUAGAAGAAAGUCAGAAGCUUCCACUUCCGGGCGGUGUGCUCGCCUACUCACCAUGGAUUCACGUAACCAACGAUUCCAAGAGUCAAUACGGAGACUCUCCUAAGCUACGGACCGACUGUAUCAACUACCCCGUCCUCCAGACUGGAUACGACAAGUACAUCCCCGAAGGUGGGAUGACACCAGAAGUAGCACCGUACUUUUCCCCUAUGACGCACCCAUUCAGGACAAGCGUGCCAGUAUAUAUCCAAGCCGGAGAAGCUGAAGUUUUCUACGACGAAAACAAGCAAUUCGCAGAGGCGAUGGAAGGAAUAGAAGGCAACAAGGUGAAAUUUCACACGAUAAAGCACGCACCACACGACCUCAUCCUAUCACAUAGGAUGGUCGGCUUAACAGCUGAGGCGACCGCCUCGGUCGAAGACGCUAUAGCCUUCGUUACCAAGGACGUGGAUUGAAAGGGCAGACAUGUGAUAUAAACACAGGUCAAGAUGUUACAUAGUUACAUUGAUGAUGGAGGCCACCCAGCCCGGCGGGACCUUUUCAGAGCAUGCACGUAACACGAUGCAGACGCUCAGAUUCGAGAAUACUCAUUUUUGAUGGAGCAAGCUCGAAGAAGUUUUAAUGGUUCAAUGAUAAUGACGAAUAUCGCCAAGGUGAUAGGGAAUAGGAUGGGGGUCAGGGAUGCCACGUGGUUUAACCCCUGUAAAUAGCUUCAAUUUAGCCAGGCUACCUUUCUUACCUACUACGCCGCAGGCCAAUCUUGGUUUUAACGAUUUGGUUAUUUUUCGCCGACAUCAGCUAUUGGUUAGUGAAUACGAAUAGCAUACACUAAAGCUGGCCUGCAAAUGAACCAUCCCGUUUUAACUUGUA